AUGGCUUCAGAGGUUCUCCCCGUGGUGGACCUCCGCGUGCUCGCGCAGUCUGACCUGGACGCUCUCGCCGCCGCGUCCCUCCACGCAGUCGCUCCGCGGAGCUGCCCCGACGCCGCCCCGCUCCCGCCUCUCAAGAUCGACCGUGCUGUGUUUAACGAGAGCGCGGGGUACCGUAAGCAGACUUUCUCCCGACUCCGCUUCGCCGCAGCCGCCUCCUCCUCCAUCCCCACCUCCCCUUCCCCCAUCACGCCGUGCGCAGGCAACAACCCCGAGAACCACCUCGUCGCCUACCAUCUCCGCCGUUUCUUCGCCCGUGAAGACCCCUCUUGCCCGCCCUCGACCCCGCCUCCACCCGAAACCCUAGCCCUAUCGUCUCCCGACCCCGACCGGGAGACUACAAACUCCAAGCGGGUCUCCGUUGAUCUUGUGAGGCUCGUUGGGCUCGUGGACCCAUACGGCGAAGAGUUACGGAGGCAAACAGCCGGGCUUAUGUCGGAGGCGGAGCUGUUGGACUUCAUCAAUUGCCUCGAAGGACAAUGGGUGAGUCAGAGGCGGCGGAGGAAGUUUGUGGACGCAGCCUCCUUUGGGGAUCAUCUCCCUUCCGGGUGGAAGCUGCAGCUCGGGCUCAAGCGGAAGGGGCGCCAUGCCUGGGUGCAUUGCAUCCGUUACGUGAGCCCAAGAGGACAUCAGUUUCGUACUUGUAAAGAAGUUUCUGUGUAUCUUAUGUCACUUCUUGGGUAUCCGGCGUCCGUAACAGUUCCUAUUCAGUAUAACAGCACCAGACAACAUGCCUUGAGUGAUGAUGAUGGUGAAGAUGACGCUGUAGGGUUUCAACAUCAAAUUGGUUCAAGUGUGGAUAACCUAAAUGUAUUGCCAGUUACUUCUGUCACCAUUUCCAGCCGUUCCUGCAAUUCAAAGGAUACGGUAGAAGGAAAUAAAAAUCCAGCAAAUACUUACAAGUGCCAGAAUUGCAAUUUAACUUUGCACAAUCAAAGUGCCUAUGUGCAACACCAGCUGUUAUUUCAUGAAAAGAAAGCUAAGAGGCGCAGAAAGAGUAGCAAAUUUGGUGAACCAAAAGUUGGUAAAGAUGGGGAAUUUGAAUGCCCUGUAUGUCACAAGACCUUUCAGGAGCAAUCACGGUACUUUGGCCAUGUUGGAGCCCAUGCAAGGCAUGAGGGGCUUACUCCUGAAGCUUUCUUUGAUAAGAUCUCAUCAGGACAGGCAGUUAACAACUUCUUGGGAGAGUUACAAUUUACCCCUCAGGGGCUUACUGAACCAACUGAACAAAAGGGCAAGACUGCAGGCGAAGCAUGUUCUCAGCAUCAGAGUUAUUCAAAAGAACAAGGGGGUGAUAGCUCAAAAGUUAUAGAUCUUUUUAGCACAAAUUGUUCCGGUAGUUUCAAUAGGCCUAGUGAAGCUUGGUGUAGACAGGUAGAGGUUCCUCCUGUUACAGAUGCUCGAAGUGCAUGCAGAUACAGAAAUGAUAUGAUGGAUUAUGCCAAUGUAACUGUUCCAAAACUAAAAGUAGCUCCUGAAUCCAAUGAUGAACCAAAUGGCAGGCUUAACGGCUUUGCUGAAGUUGAUGAUUUUAGUGAUCACACGGGAAGUGGCCAUGACUUCAGACCUUCUAGCUUCUCAAGUGCUAAACAUUAUGAGGACCAGAUUGUUGAUCGUGGCUUUCCUGUUUCAAAGCGUGGCGAGGUCAAUAAUACUGUGAAAGCAAGAGAUGUCAACCUUAAUUCAUGCCUGGACACAAUAUCUUUCCCGAUUGCUAGUGCAAACAAUCAAACUUCUACUGCUGUUGAUGAGGCUAAUCAAUCGUCCAUUGCUGGAAAAUGCUUCAUUGGCAGUUUUAAUAAUAAUGAUGGUGCAUCUACUACAUCAUCCUGUUCUGUCUCAAAUAAUAAAGUAUCUGGUUCCCUUGGUGGAUCUAACGGAUCCUCUAAUGCUGCCAGAUGCAUCGGUGGUAGUUAUGGUAAUGAUGCAGCAGCUAACAUUUUUGGCAACAAGAACAAUACCAUGGUGUACCAGUGUAGUUUGAACACAUGCCCCAUCUCUCAUGUUGCAACUAAUGUGGAUUCUUUUGUUUCCCGUUCAACACAUGCAAAGAACAGUGACAAAGAGCGUGCAUACAAUACCAAGGAACAAAUGAAUACCACACAGAACAGAGCAAGUAAUGAAGUUGUUGAAGGCUAUAAUAAUGAUGUCUAUACUGGUAGUAUCACUGAAAGGAGUCUUGCCCAGUGUAGUAAUAACUUGAGUCACCCAAAAUCUAACAUUCUGAGCCGCUGUGCAUUACUGGACUCAAGCACUUUGACAGCCAGUAACUUAACCAAGGGAAUUGAUGUCAACUGCAUGAAUGGUUCUUUUGUUUAUAGAAAUGAUGCCAACGUGGAGGGUCCUUCUGUAAAUAGGCCCAUGAAUAAUAAUGAUUCAGUGGGUUCUGUGCAUGCCGUGUUGGGAAAGCCAAGUAACGAUAUGCAAAAUCAUUACAGUGGUAGUGCUCCUAAUUACACCCCGCUUGCUGCAGCUAAUAUCAACGAUCUAAUACCUAUGCAGAGCAAUUUUGAUGGCAUGUCAACUUUGGUUCAUUCUGUUGGUGAUGUUCCAAGGAGCAGCACAACCCAGGAUCAGUGUGCGUUGCAACUUGGAUUUGGUGGUCAGAAGCAGCACGUGUUUCCUGGUUAUGGAUGGGCUGCAUUUGGAUCCCCUCAGCUUGUGGGCUUGGCCAGAAAUAAUAAUUUACCCACUAGAUCCUCACAGUUUGGGAGCAUGGUCAGACCUAAUUCUUCUCCUUCUGGAUCCUCUCAGUUAGGGAGUGUGGCAAGUUCUGAUUAUCUGCGAACUGGAUCAUCUCAGUUUGGGUGCAUGGCUGGACCUUCUAUACCUGCUGCCGAAUCCUCUCAGUUUAGGCACAUGGACGGACCGAAUUCUAAACAUUCUGCUGAAUCCUCUCAGUAUUGGCACAUGUCUGGAACCAAUUCUAGACCUCCUGCUGGAUCCUCUCAGUUUGGGAGCGUGGUCAGACCUAAUCCUGUACCUUCCACUGAACCCUCUCAGUUUGGGAGCUUGGCCAGGCAGAAUUUUGGGAGGACAUCCGAGCCAACUUUAGUGUUGGGGAAUGUACUCAAGGUACCAAGGAUGAUUAGUGGAGGGAGCAUGCUCGCAGCAGUAUGCACAUGGUGCAACAGCCAGUUCCACCAUUUUGGCCCCGUCGAUGGACAGCAGGUUGGUAAUUACGGCCUCAUCUGCCCAUCAUGCAAGGAUAAGGUGUCUGGUCAACGUAAUAUGCCCAACAAUGGCUUGUGGCAACCCUGA